AUGGCCUUCCGAGCAAGGUCGCCGAAGUUCGGGCCGGGGGCUGCCAUGCAGUCUGCCGGCGGAUCCUCUUCCAGCCAGGGACUGGCGGCGCUCUCCGCCGGCCUCGCGCUACGCCUCGCGGAGGAGCACGCAAACAGCAACCUGGUCUUCUCGCCGUUGUCCAUCUACACCGCGCUCGCUCUCGUUGCCGCCGGAGCCCGCGGCGCCACCCUGGACGAGAUCCUCCGCGUCCUUGGCGCACGGUCCCGUCAAGAACUCGACCAGUACGUCGCCCGCGCGGCGGGUGACGCGCUGCGAGACCGGUCCGGCUCUGGCGGUCCGCUCGUCGCGUUCGCGUGCGGCGUGUGGAGCGACCGGUCUUGCCCGCUCAAGCCCGGCUUCCGCGAGGCCGUGGUCGACGGCGCGUACAAGGCGGAGGCGUCCACCGUGGACUUCCGCGGCGACGCCAACGGAGCAGUCCGGCUGAUCAACGCGUGGGCUGAGCGCGUCACGAACGGCCUGAUCAAGUCCGUGCUACGCCCGGAAUCGGUGGAGCCGCUCCUUACCCGCGUCCUGCUCGGCAACGCUGUGUACUUCAAGGGCAAGUGGGACCAGCCCUUUGAUAAGAGUGACACGAAGAAGGGGCCCUUCCGCCGGCUCCGCGGCGCCGGCACCGUCGACGUGCCCUUCAUGCGGAGUUGGAAGCCUCAGUACAUCGCCGUGCACCACCGAUUCAAGGUGCUCAAGCUCCGGUACAAGAUGGCGGACGAGUCCUCGCCUUUGACACAGUUCUCCAUGUGCAUCUUCCUCCCGGACGCCGACAACGGCCUACCAAGCCUUCUGGACGCGAUGGCUUCACGCCCGGGCUUCCUGCACCAGCACCUGCCUCGCAAGGAGGUCCUAGUCGGCAAGUUACAGCUUCCCAGGUUCAAGCUGUCCUUCCACGGCAGCGUCGUUAGUGUCCUCGGCAAGCUGGGCCUCCUGCUGCCGUUCCACGAAACAAACCACGAGCUAUGCGACAUGGCCGAGGACGACGGCUCCGGCCUUCCCCUGGUCCUGAGCGAUGUCGUCCACAAGGCAGUCAUCGAGGUGAAUGAGGAAGGUACCGAAGCUGCCGCUGUCACCAUUGCUAGUGCACCGGGCGGGGGCGGAGGGCGGCCACGGCCACCACCGCUUGUUGAUUUCGUUGCUGACCAUCCGUUCGCAUACUUCGUUGUGGAGGAGGAGACCGGCGCCAUCGUCUUUGCCGGGCAUGUCCUCGACCCCUCUAGAGAGUAG